AUCACCGACCAUGGCGGCAAAAUUAAAGGGAACUGAAAAGAAGCGGAGAGAAAACACGAUGGGCAGAGAGAAGCAAACAUCCAUAAUGGCCAAUGAAAGUCCCCUUAAAUCCAGAACAGCUGCUUCAGUGUUAGCAGAGAACCUGCAACUGGAUGUGAAUGCCAUCGGCAGAGUAAUUAGUUUACUCGAUAGUGACAACACAGUACCAUUCAUAGCUCGAUAUCGCAAAGAAGAAACAGGAGGACUGGAUCCUACAAUACUGAGGCAAAUAAAAGCGCAGUAUGAACUGUCUAAGUAAGUGAAUAUCUUAAUUUAGCUUUUUUGUUUGCGUUUUGGCUUCACCAUACGAGAGUAGUCACACAGCAGUCUUGCAUAAUUCCACGUGGUGCAGAACGUUUCGAAGGGCUGGGGAGUGGGAAGUGGGAGGAAAGGGGGGGAAGGGGGGGGGGUGCAAGGAUUGGGUCUGGAAUAAAACCCCUACCUAUGAAGAGUGCAGUAGUUUUUGAUCAGGGCAUGGUAUGCUGCAAGCUUUAUUAACCCUCCAUGCCUAAACAUAAUUAUUAACAUAUUCUCCACAGUGUUCCCAAUGCAUUGCUUAGGAUACUGACAAGUGUCAACAAGAAUACUUUUUUUUUUAAAUCAAGAACUUUUUAGUCAUUGGUCAUGUUCUUAAUCCUCAUGACCUUAUUGUGAGGCAUGAUCCUGCUCAAAAGGCUUGACCUAAAUGUAAAUCUGGGAUGUCAGCCCAUCAAUUUCUGCUUUUGGUUUAGUCAUGUCAGUUGUUCAACUUCUUGCACAAGCUUUUAAUUUUAACACCAGGUGACUGGAUCAAAUUAAUUUGCAGAUCCAUCAGGGAGCAUGCUAAGUCAGUUAUGAAGAAGAUCGGUAACAAACUUACACCAGACAUCAAGAGGUCUCUUGACAAUGCUGUUACCAUGGAAGAAGUGGAUGAAGUGGUAAUUAAACUCGACCACAUAAGUUAUCAAAACUUUACAAUGAGCCAGCAUUUUUGUGUUGUUAGUUAACCCUUUAACUCUGGUGAGUGACCACAACAGAAUUUCUCCAUACUAUAUCUCUACAAUAUCAUGUAGACAAGUGAUGAGAAUCAAGAAAAAUAUCAAUUGUGGAAUUACUAAUUGAUUCACUAUCAAAUUCUCCAAACUAACAUAAUUAGAAUUGUUUGGCAGACAGUAAGGAGAAUUACUAAUGAGAUCUUUGGAGUUAAAGGGUUAACUCUUAAAGAUAUGAUUGUUUAUUCUCCCCUCUAGCUCCUUAUUGUUAACACAUUUUCUUGUAAAUUAGUCACAAGAUUCUUGUGUUAAAUCCCAAUAGGAACCUGCUGAUGAGUUUGAGUACUCUCAUUACCUGUUUGUGGGAUAAUGUGUGAUGUUAUAGGGAGAAUUCAAAUGUAAAUCAUGUCUGGGAGUGCAGGGUAAAGAGAGAAGGGACAGAGACCACUUAAUAUUCAAAGGCAUAAAAGACUUUGUGCAGACAGGCAAAAGAGAAUGGGAGUGGUUACAAUACAGAAAUUUUGGUCCAUUCUGAGGUUCGGUAACCUUUGUGAUUUAUUUCAGUGGAUCAAAAGGUACAUCCAUUCAGUGUACAAUCUGGAAUGAUUUCUUGUUAUUCAGUGAGAAGCUACAAUUUUGCUGCUGAAAAUACUAAGAUCGAAUUAUUAAUCAAGGCUUCAUAUUAGACUUAACUAUCCAUUGUCAAAUUUUAGGCUGAAAAUUUUCUUAUAUGGGAACAGGGGUAUAAUGGAUGACAUACUAUUGUUGCUAAUAUAAAGUAAAAAAUAAGAAAGUGGUUCAGUGACCUAUCAUAUAGUACAUUGCUUGAUACAGAGUGCUUCACCAUAAAAGGAUGUAGGAUAUUUUAAUUUUGAACUUGUUUCUUUUAAUUUUAUUUAUUAUAAUUGCUCGUGUAAUUGGGGAACUGCGCAAUUACUCUGUUUUUCUGCCAUUUUUUACUUUAAUCACUUCACCUGAGGUGAUUGUAGCAGGGGCGCUAAAUUUUAAAAUGGAUGCCACUUGUUUUGUCACUGUUUCAGAGGAAGUGAUAUAUGCAAAAUAAGAAAUUUCAACUGGGAAGAGCACAAGUUUGGCAGAGUGCUGUUCAAAAGAAAGAUAUGAAGUUUUUUGUUGAUUGAAUUAAAUAAAUCUGCUAAGAACUGAGGAUUUGUUAGGCACUGGCUCUUGCAUGUCACAGUACAUAUAUUCAUUUACCAAUGGGGAGGUCCAUAUGGGAACAAAACUGUCCUGAGGUCUUGAGUAUGGUCUAAGGCUGAAGACUGAGGGCUGUAUUUAAGACCAGGGGUACACUUUUCUACCAUAUGGACCAACCCAGAUGGCAGAGUAAGUUAUUAUUAAUUUUUUUCUGUUGAUUCGCUUUUUUCUAUGAGUGAAAGAUAAAAAAAUUCAGUAACAUGGUCUGUAAUGUAAAAACUGGACCUUUUACAAGUGCGCCAUCCGCCAAUCAGAUUCAAGUACUUGAUUUUUGCGGCCGGUUGAAAUGCUUCAGGAAAAACAAAUUAAACUUAUUAUUUUGUGUCUUUAUUUCCUCCAAUUGGCUAGUAUGCACCAUAUAGGCAAAGUCAGAAGGGAACACAUGCUGAGAGAUCACGUCAGCUGGGCCUUGGUGAACCUGCUGAGCUCUUGCUGAAGAAUCCUGAGGCUGUUCGGCUUGAAAAACUAGUUAAACUAGGUGUAAAAGGUACAGAGAAACCAUUCCUUUAUUUGCUUUGCCUACAAUUUAUAUAGACCUAGCAUGAGGAGCAGGGAUGGUGCAAAGGUGAGAUUGCUUGGCUUUCAUUGCUGAUUCUCACGCCUUGUAUCCCUUGUGGGUUUUGUUUGUUUUGUUACUUUUUGUCCUUUCCCAGAGUGUCCUUCUGAGGCUACUCCAGUUCUCCUCCUUCCGCCAAAACCUACUUUCUAAAUUCAAAUUCAACUUCGAAACAAUGGAUUAGUAGAACCAACCAGUGGAAUAACCACUGCUAAAUUCCCAUAACUAUUGAUGCAAUUAGUUCCCUGAGUGAACAUGGAUGUGGUUAUAUGCAGCAAGUAAUGAUUAGAGAGAGUGAUUAGGGAAAGUGUUAAGUUAGUCCUUCAGGCUCAUCUUAAUUUAGAUCAUACUAAAAUUGAUUCCUGGACCACCUUUUUCGUCUAUGACUCUUGGUGUUCUAGUUCCAUCUUAUUGUCUUGUAUAUUGAGUUGACAACUGAAAGUGACCAAUGAAGUUUUCCCUGAUGGUUUUUGUUUUGUUUGCUCAUUGGCAAUUAAAAUUGAGAAUGAUUAUUCAGUGCCAGGUUAGUGGCUGAAACACUCAAGUCACUGGCUCACUAAUUGAAUGUAAUGAUUGGUAUAUGAAAACAAAAUGUUUGCAGGAAUCAGAACUGUGAGUGAGGUAUCCCUUGGCCUUCAGUAUAUUUUAGCAGAUGUCAUUGCCAAAGACAGUGCAACUUUAAACUCCAUUAACGCAUUGUAAGUCUCAAAUAAUUCUGUUUAUGAUUUUUAUAAGUCAAGGGAAGUACUUGACACCAAGCAUAUCAAGUUGUGAUUAGGUAUCAACUCCAAUCUGUACAAAUUUGCCAAUGAGAGCAGAGAAAAGUAUCACAGUGAACUUGUAGGGACUCAAAAUAAAACUUAAAGUUUUAGUCUCAACCGAUCAGAUUCAAAACCAAUUGCGACUUUGUCACACGCGUUUUCCCGCGAUUUGAGCUGUCAGUUUAGUGUUGUUUUACUUGUCAUUCGUUCGUUGUGAUACUUUCCUUGCGUCUAAUUGGCCGUUGUCAUUCCUAUGGUUUUUUUUUACAACACUCAAUCGAGAAGUGCUCCAUUCUUGUAUCUGAUCGGUCAGUAGGGUGGUGCUAGUUUUCAAUCACAAAGUCAAGUACAAGGUAAUCAAUAAAAUCCUAGAUUACUAUCCGUAUUUAAUAGGAGAUUGCUAUAGGAGGACUUAUUACUUGUUUUAAUCAUGUUUGAUAGGUUGGAGAAUAACCCAGUUCGUGUGGAAGCAUGCUUGCGUCGUUCAGGCAAAAAUAGCGAAAAAUACAAAAAGUUCGAUGGUUUUCGUAAGGCAGCGACUUCACUUAAGGCUCAUCAAGUAAUAUGUUUUUCUUUAUCAUGCCUUAAUAUUGACAAACAACUAACAAUCUUUGCUACUUUUAAAAAAGAACUAAGUUUUCAUGAAUGGCGUGGUGAUCUUAUGAAAAAAAAACAAUUGAAAUGAUGGAUAAAGAUUCUACCCUCAUCUUUCCCCUCUCGUUACCUUUCUCGCAAUUGCACCUACUUUUUCUUAUGGAGUUUCAUACUUAGCUUUUUCAUGGAUGGAAAUCACUUUUCCUCUGGUACAAUGCAGCAACUGUGGCAAAGUCAGCACGGCACAAUGUGGCGUUAUGUUAAGUUAAGGCCAGCUUUCUCAGGCGAUGGAGUCUGCGUCGUAUUCGAAGUCGUAAGAGCGCGUCCGAUUCAGUGAAAACUCGAAAAUCGGAGUUGUAAGCAGAGCCAUAAGCUCGAUGGAAUCAGGGUCGAAAGAAUCAGAAUUGUGUAAUUUGUUACCCCUUCCGUUUAUGACUCCGACGCUUUUAAGGAGAACCAACCAAUCACAAUAACAUUUUUGUGGCCUUUCGCUUUCGACUCAGUCAAUACAGUUUGCACUAGAGAGUAGGCAACGGAGUCGUAUGCGGCAUCCAAAUUUUUGGGUUUGAUUUCACUCUAUCGUAUUACCGUGCUCUUCUGAUUGACUCCGACUCCAUCCUUAGCGAAAACUAGCCAUUAAGUGUGUUUUAUUUCUCACGUUAUGUUCCGCCUCUUUCUAUAGGUGCUCGCUUUAAAUAGAGGAGAACAGAACAAGAUUCUCAACGUUAAACGUGAGAUUCCCAAAAAUGUCGAGUCAGAAUUUCGUACUGCUCUUCUGGAAAAGUGGGUGCCCUCCAAUGCAUCUGGUGCAGUAUAUCAAUUUUUGUAAAAUGGCUUAAAAAAAAUCUUAAAAUUAGAUAUGUAGAGAAUAAUACAUAGGCACACGUAGAUAUGCAAUUUCUCUUCGAGUCUUCAACUCGAUGGCUCACUCGAACUCGAGAAGAAAAACUACAUGUCUAUAAGCAAACAUAUAUUUUUGUUUGGCUAUUCUAUAAACACAACAGCCCUUUACUGACAAGAAAAGUCGAAUGAAUGUAAAAAAGGAUCCACGAUCUCCUGAUUCAAGUGGCGCUUAGGCUCAAGAUGAAAAAAAUGCGUUUAAUUUUUACAAAAACAAACAAUGGGCAUAACUUUCAAUUGACAAAAUUCUCAGUUGUUGACUUUUUUCUUACCGAUAGAUCUAAUCUUUUCAGGUAAACGGCAAAAUCGGCCUGUAGCAAAUCUUUCAGCUAUCGAUUUUCCUUCUCAGCCGCGAGAAAUGCGAUUACCAAAGCCACUGAGUGCGCAACUUUCGGUUUUUUUCUCUUCCUUAUUUUGUUUUCCUGGGAAUUUUAAAUGUCAUGUCUGUAAGUCAUACGAAUUUUCAAUGAGUUAGCAGCCAUAAUCUAAGAAAAUUCGACAAACAACCUUGGAUUAACUAUGAUGAGGGCUUCGCCGUUAAUUCAUCAACAUGACAGAGUGGCGCGAAAGGCGAGUGACGUGUCAGCAGCUGAUUGAUGAUAUCAAUCAUGUGAAAAGUUAUAUAUUUUUGGAGUGUGUUCUGACGGCUUUUCUCAGGGGUGGAAAUCCUUGUAUAACUCUACAGUUUAUAUGAUAAAAUAUCUUUAUCAUCAUCAUCAUCAUCAUUAUUAUUAUUAUUAUUAUUAUUACUUUUUCUUUUCGUUAGACAAAACUUAAUUUAAUCUCAGGUGAGUGGAACUUUACAAGACAUUUCUUCUAAAACUUUUCAACACCUUACCCAACAGUAUUAGAGUAAUGGUAGAUUAUAGUCUACUUCACCCAGGAGUGAAAGAAGCUUUACAGGGACUCUAUAUAAUGUUUGAAAGAUGUUUUAAAGACGUCAAAAUGCGUCAUAGACACUAUAUUUUAUUUGUUUCAUUUCAUUUUUGAACUGUCAUUUUAAAGUUGUUUAAUUUCGAAUCAUUAGUAAGGUUCUGGAUAUUUUCAAUAGUUGCGCUUCAUAGAAUCUCAAGAAUAAACAUUAAAAUUGUUAUUUCAUUUUAUAAUGUACUGUUUUAAUGAUUUAUUAGCACAGAUAAAGAAAUUAUCCAAAAGUGCGGUGUUUGAUGCUUACAAAAGACUCAUCCAACCAAAGAUCAUCAGGCAAACCAGGUGAUGCUACACAGUAUACUGCUACACAGUAUACUGCUACACAGUAUACUGCUACACAGUAUACUGCUACACAGUAUACUGCUACACAGUAUACUGCUACACAGUAUACUGCUACACAGUAUACUGCUACACAGUAUACUGCUACACAGUAUACUGCUACACAGUAUACUGCUACACAGCAUACUGCUACACAGUUUACUUCCUGUUUGAGUUUUGUAUGAUAAUCAAGAUUCCUAGAACUAGUGAUAGCUUUUAGUGCGAAACAAGUAUGAUGAGUGUCGAAUUUAAUUCAUGAUAACGUUGGCGUUGUUUGCUUCCUUUACUAAUUGGUUCAGAAACUGUUAACAACACUCUCAACCAAUCAGGUGCAUUAUAAAAUUACAUGAAAAGUAAUUGUGGUUAGGUCACGUGUUCCACGUUUGAGGAAGUUCGUUUCUUUACAAUGUGAAUUAUCAUAAGCCUAAUGAGGUAUUUUCCUCCCCAAAGAUUUGGAAUAUGAUGAUUUGAAUUUGAAUUUAAAUUUGACUGUUUUUUUUUUUCAUUAUUUCCUUGGAAGAGUGUCAUUAACGAAACAGGCUGAAAAGGAGAGUGUCGAUAUAUUUGUGAUGAACUUGUAUCGUCUCCUCCUUACCCCACCAUUGAGAGGAAAGAAUGUUAUAAGUCUAGACCCAGGCUUCUCCCAUGGAUGCAAGUUAGCGGUUCUUGCUUCUACAGGUGAAUAACAGACAAACGUAAAGACAAACUAGCAAAUAAACAGACAAUCAAGCUAACAAAACAACAAGAUGACAAAAAAUACACAAACCUCGACAAAUAGUAGUUAUGAAGCACGAAGAAAAUAUUAAGUCUUUAUCAAUAUCGUGUACAAUUUCUCUUUUUAGUAUAAUGCACAAUUUGAAUCGAUCUCCAUGGAGUCCUAAUCCUCUCAAAAUCAAUAUGUUAAUCAACAGGGAAGUGAUGCAAAAAAAAAAAAUAAAAUAAAAAUAAUAAGUCUUAGCUGGGUGGUCUUAUAUAGAAUGACCACCAAAUUCCCUCCAAUGCGCUGUGUAUUGUUUAGCGUCCGGACAGAAGAAUCUCACGAAGAUAAGGCAGAGUACACUUGUUCUUUUGGUCCUAAUACAGAAAAAAAUGUCUUUUCUUUUGUUCAACAAGUUGAUUUGUGACGCAAAUUAAAUGCCUUUUUUUAAUUUCUCACUGCAGGCGAGGUUUUAGGGACAGGUGUGAUCUUUCUUUUUGGGGAGAACAAAAACCAAGCGCAAGCAAAGGAAACUGUGAUAGACCUUGUUCUAAAGCACAGGUUAGUUUUGUUUUUUGUCUGUAGUUUCUAUUACAAUUUCAUUUUACCUCAGGUCUCUAACUUCUAUAAGUGACCAACACAGAAUCUCCUCUUACAAUAUCAAGCAAGUAAGUGAUGAGAUUAUUAAUUAAGGAAUUACCAGUUGAUCUAAUACCUAGUUUUCUGAAGUUGUAUUUUAUCUUUAGAUUUUUAUGGUAAACAAUAAGGGAAAUUACUGGGGAGAUCUGAGAGUGAAAGGGUUAAGUGAAUGGGAGGAAAAGCAUACCUCACUGGUUUGUGUGGGUUUAUUUCUCGUAUCUUUGCUUGGGACUUAUUUUAGUUAGCAUCACGUGACCAAUGAGAAUAAUUUUGGAGAAACGUGGCCGAAUGGAUAUUUUUAAGCCUACUUGCAGUCACUCUUACGAACAUGUUUUUAUUUUCAGUUGUGACUAUAUAGCCAUUGGGAAUGGCGUUGGAUGCCGGGAAACUGAAAAGUUUAUUAGUAAACUCAUCGAAAAAGGAGCAUUUGCACCUCGUGACGUUGCUUACUGGUAAUUACCACGAAUAAAUAUCACCCACCUUGAGAGAUAAAAAAAACAAAUGAACCGACAUCCCCUGCAGGAUGACCAAGUAAAUGUAGAUAAAAAUGCUUCAAAAUCGGAACGUUUUUGCGAGAGCUCUUCUUUAACGGAGUUAUGCAGCGUUCUAUUGUAAUGUUAACCCUUUAACUCCCAUGAGUGACCAAGACAGAAUUUCUCCUUACAACAUCAGUACAAUAUCAACCAGAUUAGUGAUGAGAAUAAAGAAUAAUAUCAAUACAAUAUCAACCAGAUAAGUGAUGAGAAUAAAGAAUAAUAUCAAUUUGGGGAUAAUUAGUUCAUCCAAUACUAAAUUGUCUGGACUAAGAUUAUUAAAAUUUUAUGGUUGACAUUAAGGAGAGUUACAAAUUUGAUUUGGGAGCUAAAGGGUUAAGUAGGUUUUUAGUUGAUACAAUGACUGUUACAAACUGCAUGUACGAUUUUACGUACUAAAUGAUAAUAUGUUUCAGUAUCGUCAGCGAAGAUGGAGCCUCUAUUUACAGUGCGUCUCCCGAGGCAGAGGCCGAGCUGCCAAGCCUCGAUAUAACCCUGAGGGGUGCUGGUAAGUAUCUCUCCUUCUCAAUUUCUCAAACCUUUACCCAGAACUAUCUUUGGCUUUGGAAACUAAACAAGGUUUAUCGAGAAAAGUCCAUGUCAAUUUUAAUAUUUAGAAUUAUAAAACUUGUAGAUAAUUAAGGGAUACUUUAGUUGGUCUCAUCUGGCCAGCUAAUCAUGUCACGCCAAAAGCACCAUCCAUUUGCUUGAUAUAUGCAGGCGUGUGGAUAUGAUGAUCGUGUUGUAAUCCUUUUUCAUUAUAAUUAUCCAUGUUGAUAUUUUAGUUUCAAUUGGGCGGAGACUGCAAGAUCCUCUCGCAGAAUUGAUAAAGAUUGAGCCCAAGCAUCUGGGUAUUGGAAUGUAUCAGGUACGAGAAAAACGUCCAAGGUACGAUGAAAUCCCGUUUACUUAAAUCCAAUUUAGAUUCGGCCUCAUUCUGUCGACGUUGUUGUUGUUAUUGUGGUUUUUUUUUUGGUGUUUCGGCUGCUGUUUAUCUUCUGAUGUUGGUUUGCUGCAGCAUGACAUCCCCGAGAAGUUGUUACGAGAGGCCUUGGACGGAGUGAUAGAGGACUGUGUCAGCUUUGUAGGAGUUGACUUGAACGUGGCAGGAGUCUCCAUGUUAAGGUAUUUUGUUUGGUGUGCUAAAAAAAUUUUAGCCAUAAAUGAAAGAUAACGACUCUUUUUCCUCUUAAGGCGCAUAGCUGGUUUAAAUGAAAAGAAAGCGAAGGCUAUUUUGGCAUGGCGCGAGGAGAAUGGUGCCUUCGUAAACCGUGAGCAGUUGAAGGAAGUGAAAGGAAUUGGAUCCAAAACGUACGAGCAAUGUGUAGGCUUUGUCAGGAUAAUGAAUACUCCACCACCCCAGCGCAACUCUACGAAAACAUCCGCCAUUGGUCAAGAAACGGUUAUUAUAAGUCCUGACGGAGGAGAGAAGACGAUGACCGGUGGUAAGAAGAGGAAGCGUGAAAGCAGCGAAGAACAAGGAUUGAGGAAGAAACGGAUGAAAACUGUUGUGAGUCAAAACUUUCAUCCCGAGCCGUUGGAUAUGACCUGGAUUCACCCUGAAUCUUAUCCAGUGGCGAGAAGGUAAAUUGCACGUGACAAAAUUGCAUAAAGACGUAUCAAAUUAGCUUUAGAACAGGCAUAAUUAGUUUAAGCGCUGCGAGUCAGGGUAGAUUAAAAGAAUGCAACUACGGAUCGUUAUCCGUCGAAAUCGCUCAAAUUUGCAGAAUUAUUUCUCACUGCUGAGAAAAAAAGGGAAAAAAAAGAGCCGUUAUGUUCCUCAUCCUAUGGUGAUGUUGUGAAAGUCCAAUCUUCAAGUGCUUCUUAGUAUACACAUGCUACACAUUUUAAGUACACAGGCUUUGCGUGACGUAGGAAGCAGAAACAAAAUCAGUUAUCUGUUACAGCUUACUUUCGGUAAGAAGAAGAUGGUCAGCUAUUGGCGUGCGUUGCUAUAGCAGAUUAUUGAUGAUGAAACUUGUUUGGUUGUUUCGCUAUUUAGCGUUAUGAAGAUGUUGGGUAUUCUACCAGAGCAGAUUGGUAAACCGGAAGUUAAAACAGCGAUUGACAAAUUUCUCCAAACUCACAGUAAGUUAGGACCUCCAAGAUCUCCCUUCCGUGAUUGAUGAUAUGAGUAAUAAUUCCCUUAAUGUGUUCUUACACUGUUGGGUUAGAGAAUUGUUUGUGUAACAUACAGGCAAGAAAGUAAAAGUCCCGGUAUUUAAAAAAAAAAAUACGUUCAGGGAAAAAUUCCCCGGUAGAGGCAGUGUCCAGAGUGAAAAAUUCCUCCAUUUUGGAAUUCCCCCUUGUUUUUAUUUUUCAAGAUGAGUGUUUGUUGCUUUGGUUAUCUUAAUCAAUUCUGUCAUUGGUGGAUUUAGCUGAGUGGACUUAUUGUGAUUGUCUGCUUUAACUGUCCAUUACAGAUGUCUGAUUACAGCCCACUGUCCGACUCGGUGUCCGAUUACAACUCUAUAGAAUAAUUAGUGGAAAAUAAAGCAGCUGAUGCAUCAUCACAUUUGAGGAAGUUUUAACGGUUAUGAUAUAUUCAGAAAUUGGACCUCUGGGGUUUUAAAUCUUUGUAAUAAGUCUGAGUAUUUUUUGCUACUGAUUUUGUUUUGUUACGUAGAAAUUGAUAAAUUGGCGGCCAAGAACAACGUGGGUAUUGCAACAUUGCAGCAUAUUUUGGAUGGUCUCAGACAGCCAACAGAUCACGACAUAAGAGUCAGUAAGUAAAACGACAACCCCCUCUCCAACAACCUUCCUUAACGACAAAUUCGAAUGAAACAAUACUCCUUUCACAGCAGAAGGAUGAAAAUAUAAUUGAAAGGUAACACAAAUCUUUGAUGGUACAAAGUAAUCUGAUUGGCCACUUACAAGGGUGCUAGUGUAAUAAGAGCAAACAGGCAUAUUCACAAAUGAGCAAAGAAGAAAAGAAAUAGCAUCCUCUCACUCUCUAAGAAUAGAAAUAUGUAAAGAGCGGAGAGUGAAAUGAGUUAAUCAUCUCAGAUAGUUUUCUUUUUAACCAUGAAACUUCCGUGAGUGACCAAGAAAAAAUUCUACUGGCAAUUUCUCCUUACAAUAUCAAGCAUCAAGUGGCGAUAUGAUACAGUAUCAAGCAUCAAGUGAUGAUAUAUAUUUAUGAAGGGUGUGUAAGCACUUAGCUACCCCGAAUGAUCCCACAACUGUGGUAUCAUCCAUGCCAUGCUAUGUAUGUGUGCUCUGUUUUGUUGUUGAGCACGCACGAAGUGGAGAAACGGAGAAACUCGAGACGUAGUCGAGUGUUUCUCCCCCCUUCUUGAGUGAUCUAGCCGCUUCCUAAGUACUUUUCAACAGAACAGAGCACAGUCAAGGCUUCUCUAUUUGUUUUAUAAUAAAGAAUCUGUUAAAUUUCUUACCUAUUACUUUCAAUUUUCGAAACAAACUUUAUUUCCAAAGCGAACAACAGUGUCGUCAGCAUUCUCUAUACUCUCAUAAAGCACGCUACAAUAAGCCAAUCAGAAACCAUGAUAGACUGGCUCAAAUAAUCUGAUUGGCUGUACAAGAUUAAGGCUGUCAAAAAUGUCAAACCAUCGAAGUUCAAGAACCAUCAAAGUUCACAUUUUGCAAUAGUUUACAAAGUUAAAUAGUUCGGCAGGUGGAAGCUAACACUUUUGCCUGAAGUCUUUUAGUCUCGAAUACAGAAUCUGAAAAUGAAAUAUUCAGUGAAAUCCAGCCGAAUGGUGGCUCAUAAAAACACGCAAGUUUUUUCAAUUGAAAAUUAGAAAACACAUUGUUCAAGCGUGUGUUCUAUGAAUGAACGACAGCCGAAUUUAACGGAACAUGAAAAUUGCUCAGGAUAACAGCGCAGUGACUGAUGCGGCCUUCUACUCAUCGCAUCGGAAAGGAUAUCAAAGCAAGCUCUUGGUUUUUCUCUCGAAGGGCGGCUAAGGCUUACUUGAUGACCGAAGAUCGCCAUGAUGAGCUAGCCGCGUUGUAUCUCGGCAUGACAACGUCAUGAUUAGUAUGAGUUUUAACAGCUGUACCAGUUUGGCUAUAUUUUGCAUCAUUCCUGUUUUGCUCUGUUUUGUUUUUGAAUACGCAACUUUAUAUACUACACGAGUGUUAGCUGUGUUUGAUUUUUAUUACCGUACGUAAACUUGCAGUCUAACUCAGUGUGAAAACCUUCAUAACUCGGACUGUCCAUUUAUUUUACUCUUUGAGGAUUUUUGUCUCUACUCACGUUAUAAUAACUUCAAUUGCGAGCACGCUCUUUCAACCAUUGACAGCGUGCGUUAUAUCAGAACUUUAUUAUAAUAUAAUUUAGGGGAUUAUUAGUUGAUUCAAUACCGAACACUCCGAAGUAAUAUCAUACAAAUUGCAUUGGAAAUUGUGGAGAUAAUUAUUAGUGAGAUCUUGGUAGUGAAAGGGUUAGAGAAAGGCAGGGACCUCAUAUAUGUAAAAACAAAAUAGGAUUUUUAUAUGAAAAUAUCGGUAAAAAUACCUUGCAGACUUUAAAAUAACUCUGUAUCUGUAGAGGUUGAGGCACAGUGAUAAUUUGAACCUGAGGUUUGUUUUGAGGAACGAUUAACUAUAGACUUAAUGCUCAAAAAUAGUUUCCCUUUGCCUCUUCUCUGAUUAGAUUUCCAGAAACCUUUGUUCAAAAAGAACAUCACCUCACUGAAAGACAUUCAGCCGGGUUCUCAGCUUCGCGGCCGCGUCACGAAUAUGAUUUCAUUCGGUGCAUUCGUAGACUGCGGUGUUGGCCAGGAUGGCUUGCUACACAAGAACGACAUGGGACAGUAUGAAGGAAAAGUUGGCCUUGGAGAUAUAGUUGAAGUCACUGUUGAAAGUGUCGAUAAAAUAAAACAAGAAAUUCGUCUGGUUCUUAAGGAAAUUUCCUCGAGUUUCAAUCCAGAGUUGCUCGUUUCAAUAGGAAAUUUAUCUUAGGGUUACAUGCUUUGCGGAUUUUCUUUAAAACAUUUUUAGUGACAAACAUAUUAACAUGUUUUGUUUAUGCUUCUUUGUAAGUGCGGUGCUUUCAAUGUACAAUCACUAUCGGUCUUACAUUUACCCUAGAUGAACUUGAACUCCCAGUCAAUCUUUAGCGACCCCUUGGUCUCUAGUAGUCUUAUGAGAAAUCUUCAACCUUGCGAGUCACUUUGAGCGAAUCUGCACCUUUCUGGAUUGGAGCCGUCACUAACUUUGUUCAUUAAAGAAAUGGUUAGCUUUAUACUUGUGAUAAGAAUUGUU